GGUUUAGUACGAUUUCGGCGGACAGAAGAUGCGCAGGGUCAUAGUUUGAGUGGAACAGGAGAAUACAGCAGGAUGGAGAACGUAUCGACGAUCAGUGAAAAACCCUUUUGGGAACACAAAAACUAUUCUUACGCAGAUGAAUGGUUCCUCGUUGGAUCAAACUCGCAAUUCUUCCUCAUUCUCUCUGCCUACCUGGUGUUUGUGUUGAAAGUCGGACCCUCUUUAAUGAAAGAUAGAGCACCCUUUAAAUUAACAAACAUUUUACUGGCGUACAACAUAGUGCAGGUGGCGGUUUCAGCAUACAUUUUCAAAUUGGCCUUUGGUAUAAUAUAUAACACGAUAACUGAAGAGAAAUGCAUCUACGAAUCCGAUAAGCUGCAGUACAAGUAUUUCUACGCCCUACACGUGUAUACGCUCGCUAAGCUAUCCGAGCUUCUGGAUACCAUCUUCUUCGUGCUCCGUAAGAAGGAUCGCCAGGUCUCCUUCCUCCAUGUCUACCACCACUCCGCCGUCUUCUUCUACUCCUGGGCUCUUAUGUCCUACAACAGGCAGGCUUUCUUGUCCGUUACGGUCGUUGGCUUCCUAAACUCCUUCGUCCAUCUGGUCAUGUACUCGUACUACGCACUUUCAGUAUUUCCGAGCUUAGAAAAAUUCCUGUGGUGGAAGAAGUAUAUCACGAAAAUGCAGAUGAUCCAAUUCGCUAUGAUAAUAGUGUACGUCAUAUACGAGAAUACGAUGACCCCAUGCAAGUUGCCGAGCACGCUGUUCAUCCACAUGCUGGCUAACGUAUCCCUCGUGUUCAUCCUAUUCGCCGACUUCUACAGGAAAACCUACAAAACAUCACCAAAUGCAAAGAAGAAAUGAAGAAUGAGAGAUUUAAAUUAAAUUAAUCUCUGUGAUAAGAAAAUUUUGUUUAUUGAGAACAAAGAAAUCAAAUGUUAACAAGAAACUUAAUGCACCAUGAAUUUAUAAUAAAUUAUGUUACUUUUUUCAUUCAUAC